AUCUAUAUUUGUUGUACUUAGUCUACGGUUGUUGAUCGGCUUAUUCGUAGUAUUAUGAUUGGCUGUGCCAUUGACGCUUGACCGACAAGUAUAGCCUACAUAUUCAUCUGCAUAUGCCAGGCGUCGAAGGAGGGCCAUGGCUGACGCUCAUCGAGACAUUCAACCAGUGCAUUACACCGCUGAAUCGAAACAAUGGCUUCCAGGUCCGAGUCAAGAUAGAGCCGGAGAACACAUGCCCAGCUUCAUCCGUGUUGUAUCAUGGAACGUUGAUUGUAUGAGGCCAGAACCAGACCUUCGCCUAGACGCUGCUCUUUCCUAUAUCCAGCACCAGGUCUUCAAGUGCAGGACAAACCGCAGACGUCCUGAACCAUGCUCGAUCCUCCUCCAAGGCGUCCUAACCACUGCAUUCAAUACUAUUCUCAAUAACAAGUGGGUCCAGAAUUUCUUCGUCGUCAUUCCUUCAACCACAGACGCCUGGCCUAAGCUCGCAAAGUAUGGCACAGUCACCCUCCUCUCUCGUUCUCUCCGCAUCACAAAGUCAACUUCCGUUCAUUUCAGCUGCUCUGAAUCGCAGCACCACGCUAUUUUCGUAGACGUCAAGCUCAGCGGUCUCCUGGACACAGCCCAGGCUCCCGCAUCAUCCGAGUCUGUUGUCACCUUGCGAAUUGCUAACACCCACCUUGACCCAUUACCCGACGGCGCCCCUAUCAGGGAGAAACAACUCAAGCUCGUCGCUGAUGCUUUGAUGCAGGAUGGGCUGUUUGGAGGAGUCGUUGGAGGUGACUUUAACGCUGUUUCGCUCAACGACUCCGAGCUAGUUGAAUCUGUUGGCUUGUGGGAUGCAUGGAGCGGCGACGAUGAAGGAGGCUUCACUUGGGGGUAUCAACCUCCUUCUCCGCUUACACCAGGAAGACUAGACAAGCUGGUCUAUACGCCUCGUCCAGGCUUCUUUGUAGAUACACCAAAGAAGAUAGCUGUUGGGAAGAAAUACGGGCAGCUGACGCGGAGAAGGUGGAUCAGCGACCAUUAUGCCCUGCUGACCAAGGUGCAAUGCGUAUAUUUCGCAUCCGAUGCUUCAGAUCAUGAUCAAUCGGACCACGGGCACAUUCAACAGGGACUGAGAGAGCAAAGGAAUAUCGAAACAUGCUCGCUUGACCACCCACUCGUGUCUCAUUCACCACCACGUAGUAAAUACAUCAUUCCACUUCAUCCUGGUACCAAUUCUCGGUCCAGACGGAAGCCCUGGAAAAGCUUACUGCGCAUGAAGUCAUCAAGGUAAGGUAUACAAUUAUUUUGCGGAAUUCGCGAUCAUUGACAGAUGUAGUCCGAGUGUAGAACAACAUUCUGACGGGACCAGGACUCAUUGAAAGGAAGGAGCAGGCAUCCAAUUUUAAGUACUAGUUCGUGCCCCCUGCCCUCCUACAAUUCAUCCGUACUAAAUUGCUCAUGAAUCUCCAGACCUGCACAGGGUCACUUACAUCACGCAUAUGCACUGCUUUCUAGCUGGACCUCACACGACUAACAAAUUUACUGUAGAAUAUUCUGUAUGCUAGCACACUGUCUUGGAUUUGUCUUAACAUCAUGAUGUUUUAUGCCUCUUGAUUCAAA